UUAUCAGUGUAUCCUGGAACGUCUACUAUCCACCAACCGCCCGAUGAAGACCUGUUAAGUAAUUAACUACUACCAGAGUAUGAGCGGUGCAUUCAUCAGCAAUAUAUAAAGAACGACCGGCGUAUAAAUACUCCAUUUCGUAUUAUACUGUCAACUGAGCAAAUUGCUUUCCGCGGCUGAUCGUGUUUCGCUGAAAUUGAUAAAAUACGCAGAAUCGCAUGUGUCGCCUUGUUUUUUUGUAAUAAGGUUUGUUAAUAUAUUUAUGAUGAAUAAAACGAGUGCAACUUUGAUGCUGCAAACGAUUAUGGUGUUGAUGGAGAAACAAAAUGCAUCGGAUGUAACGAAUUUUCCUGGUAGCUAUGGCGAAGACAUCGAGCGCUGCUAUGGCAUAUACGGAUGUUUCUCGAAAGCCUACCCCUGGACCGAGAACCGGCCCGACAACUACUUCCCAGUGCCACCUGAAGCUAUGGGUGUACGGUAUCCCACGUUUUCAAGACGAAAUCGAAAAAUACCAGUGUUACUAGAAGCAGACAAUGUAGAUAAAAUUCAAAAUGCUAACAUUGAUCCUAGAGGGCCCUUUUACGUGAUUUCACAUGGGUUCAUCGACGGUGGGCAUAAAAAAUGGAUCGAAAACAUGGUAAACGCUCUUUUGAACUUGGAAGGCAAUAAUGCAGCGACUGUAUUCAUAGUGGAUUGGCGAGGUGGUGCUCAGCCGCCUUAUGGUCAAGCGGUAGCUAAUAUAAGACUCGUAGGCGUUAUGACAGCGCAUCUAAUUCAUCACAUCUAUGAAGUCCUCGGAUUGUCCAAUUUAGAUAAUUUCCAUUUUAUCGGCCAUUCGCUCGGGGCGCAUUUGGGUGGCUAUUGCGGACAUGCCCUGCAAAAGAAAUACAAUUUAAAGUUGGGCAGGAUUACUGGCUUAGACCCUGCGGCGCCAUAUUUCAGUAAAACAGUAACUUUAGUGCGUCUAGAUCGCUCUGAUGCAAAAUAUGUAGAUGUCAUACACAGCAACGCAGUACCUCUUUAUUUCUCCGGUUUUGGUAUAACUGAACCAAUCGGGCACGUGGACUUCUACCCCAACGGUGGGUCAACACAGCCGGGCUGCAAAUCAGCUUCCCAACAACGCCCUAGUGGGGACAUAUACCAACAAGUGCUACGAGUUAGCUGUAACCAUGAAAGAAGCUAUGAAUACUUCACUGAGAGCAUCGCGCCAUCUUGCCCCUUCUUGGCAGUGCAAUGUGAUUCUUAUGAUACGUUCCUAGCGGGCAACUGCACAACAUGCGACCACAAGCACUUGUGCGUGCCGAUGGGGUACCACUCGCACGACAUCUACAAGCGGCUGCACGCGGCGGAGCUCGUGGACACCAACUCCAAUGUGGCGCUCUACUUGAUGACCGGAGGGGCCAAGCCCUAUUGCAGAGCACAUUACGAAGUGAAGAUGAAAGUGUCCAACUCGUCAGAAAGCCACACCCACGGGCCUGAAACAGGAAAACUAUCAAUUACACUAGUAGACAGGAACAACAACAAAAGCGAUACAAGAUUUCUGGAUGACGAACAAAAAUACUACAAACCCGGCGACAUUGAAACAAGAAUGGUGGCGGUAAAGGACACCGGUCACCCACCUCUGUCCGUCAUAGUUGAAUGGAAAUACGAAACCAAUUUGUUUAAUCCGAUGACAUGGCGGAUAUUGAAAUCACCCAGCAUAUUCAUCGAUUACAUGAAAAUAUCCUCCAUUGAAUAUAACACUGACAUCACGGUGUGUCCUAAAAUGAAUAAGCCAGUCGUCGCGAAUCUUCCCACCAUGAUGAAAACAAAAUACUGUAAAUUUAACAAGUAACAGCAAUUUUGUAAUACUGUUCAGUUAAGCAAGAGUGCUUAACAUAAGGAAGGAAUAAUAGUAUUGUAUAAUAUAUUGUUAAACAAUGCACUUAAUAAUAAUGCCUACAAAAAGUAUUCUUAAUGGUAUUUAUUAAUUUCACUUAAGUUUAGUUAUUUUAUUAUUGAUUUAAUUUAAUUAUAUAUUAUAAAGGUUAUAAUUGUAAUAUUUUGUAAAUAUAUUUGUAUACCUAAUAAUUAAUUUAUUUUUAAAAAUGUAAGAUUAUGAUGAUAGUUAAUAUACAAUUUAUACUUCUUU